AUGGGAGAGAAGGAAAAAAUAUUAAUGGUGGGAAUGGAAUUUGCUACAUUUGCAGAAUUCAAAGAUGUGUUGAGAGACCAUGCUAUCAAGAACAAAUAUGACAUCAAGUUUGUUAAAAAUGAUGGAAAAAGGGUUACAUGUAUAUGUAGAAAUGAGUGUGGGUGGAGGAUACAUGCUUCAAAGAGAAAAUCAAAUAGUGCCAUUGUGAUUAGUACAUUCAAUGAUGAACAUAACUGCUCUGAAGUUCAAACAAGCAGACUAGCAACAUCUUCUUAUCUUGCAAAGAAGUAUGUGCAUAGGUUUAGGAGGGACCCUGAGUGGAAAAAUUCUGGUUUUAUGGGUCAGAUUACUGAUGAUUUGAACCUGAUAGUUAAUAGGUUCAAAAUUUAUAGGGCAAAAAGGAAAUGUCAGCUGAUGAUUGAUGGCACACAUGAAGAUCAAUUCUCAAAAAUCAGAGAGUAUUGUCAGUUGGUAUUGAAGACAAAUCCCGGAAGUGUUGCUAGGGUUGAUGCAUGCUUAGAGCCAGAUGGGAAGUCUACAAGGUUUGAGAGACUGUUUUUCUCAUUGAAUGCAAUAUGGAGAGGCUUUAAAGAGGGUUGUAGGCCAUUCAUUGGCUUAAAUAGUUGCUUUCUAAAAACUCAUUACAAUCAACAUUUACUAAGUGCUAUUGGUAGAGAUAGGGACAAUAGCUUCUAUCCCGUUGCAAUUGGUAUUGUGGAAGCAGAGACAAAGGAAACUUGA